AUGUCAAGAUUGAUCUACAGAAGUCCUGUAGGUCUGCGAUAUCUGAGCUGUUGCCCUUUACUCCAGAGAAGUGCUGGUGGGGCGGGAAAUGUAUUGCCAACGCCAGUGGAGAUUUUAAAUUAUGUCAAUGAAAAGCUCGAGAGAGGAGAAUUGUCCUCGAUCAAGACAUAUAAAAAUAAGCUGAUUAGGCAUCAUGGAAAUAAGUACGUUUACCUGGUGAGCCAAUUGAAAAUUCUUGUGGAAACUCAGACUAAGUUUAGUAUCGAUGACAAUUUCCUGAGCAUGAUAUUCUACAGGCAUUCAGGAACGGAUCAAUACUUUGCAUUUUCAAAGAAACUAAGUGCAAUUCUGGAUUCAAAAGCAAGUACCGAAGAAAAAAUAGAUGCUCUUUAUAGGGCAAUCCGACUCCAGCACGCGCUCUACCCUACACUGGCGCGGCAGCGGGGAAUCCUGGUACCCGAUGACGUUCAUCAAUGGUUCUGGGUCAACAUUCCAAAAAGCAAGUCAUUUACGCAUUAUUAUUUUCUCAUACAAAACGACGUUCUGCUUUCGUCUCCAAAGUGCAGUAAGUUCAUGAACAGAUUAUUAAAAGGAUCAGAGAUGGACAUUGAGCUAGUAACGUUCCAAAUUUUCUUACAUGACCCUAAGCAUCAAGAAAUUUUCUAUUCCAAGUUUGUUACGUUGUACAACUUUUCUCAACUGAGCACCCUUACCAACUUUUUGAUUGAUAGAAGUGAUUUUAGGCACACUAAGGUUUAUUUCAGUGCUUUACUUUCGAGACUCGAAAAACACGAACUUCUUGAUGCUAGGCUGGCUCAAAAAGAACGAAACGCGGUAUUUAUAAAAUUUGUGACUACGCUGCUGAACUUUUUGAAAAGAACUUCUAAUCAUGAGAUGUUUUUGGAUACGCUCUCGAUGAUUAUGACUUUCGUCCAUAAACAAAAACUGUCUGCUCGAUUUUUACACUAUCCGCUUCUGUUGACCUUACAAUACUUGCGAGCUGCAGAUCAGCACUCGGAUGUGCUGAAGCUUAUAUCAUUGAUUCAAGCGUUUCCAUUGCCGCGACACUUCAAAUUCGAUCAAAUCUUGAUUGGUGAAAUAAUUUCAACCCUGAGGUUUUUCAAUGAUCCAAAAAUGACCAUCAGUUAUAUCAUUACCGCAUAUACGAACCGAAACACCGUUCAAUUAUUGAAUGAGCUCGGGAUAUGGAGUUUAGUUCAUUACAGUACAGUGAGAACUCUACCUGAGCAGCAGCUCAAAAGGGACGGGGCUACUUCAGAUGCUUGCAAUAUUCAAAUUUCUAAACGGUUAAAAACAUCUGUUUUACCCAAUACUGUUGUCUUAACAGAGCUCUAUCGCAUAACUUUAGACUUUUGCCACGCUUCUCUUCCGGAAGCGGAAUUCAAGCAAAUCGUCAUUGACCUCUUUCGAAAAUAUAAAGAGACAUUACAAAGAAGAAAAAAUCUAUUUUAUAAUCCUGAUUGUGGUAUUUUGAAUGUCUUCAUUUACAAUUUACGUUACAAGCUUAGGGAAGACCGUCUGGUGUACGAAAUUGUGAAGGAGUUUUAUGGGUCAGGUAUUGAACUACCUUCUAAUGUAUCCUCUCCUUUUGGUCUUGUACUCUAUCACAACUACAUGCUUACGCAAUCAGAAGUUUCUACACUUCUUUUUCUAAUGGAGAAGAAUAAAAUUCCCUUAGAUUUUCGUGUUAUAGUCUCGAUGGUUUUCCGAUAUCUCAAAUUGAACCAAGUAGAUGAGGCGCACUUAUGGUAUCAGAAGCUAUUGCAUGCAGGGUUUCCGAUCAAUCACAGAAGUCUUUUGAAAUGUGCAAUUGAAAACAAUUGGAAAUUACCGAAUGGCGUUGAGACUGAAUUGCUGCUACAAGAAACAUGCGAUGAAUCUGCUUCGAAAUAUGAGGGCUUGGAAGAUCUCUUGGGAGACGAAUUUUUCGAGGAGGACUUUGAAGACAAGCAAAUAUUUGCCAAUAAUCUCAUAGAGCUUUGGGGAUCACUCAGGGAUCCCAUUAAUUCAUCUUGUAAAUAG